AUGCAGUGCCUAUCGAUCAAAAUCCUCGGUCCAGUUGCGAAGUUCCUCGGGAUACGUGUGAACAAGGGGACAAGUGGGAGUUACGAUUUGGACCAAGAGGAGGCCAUCGUCGAGUUGCUGCGAGAUAAUGAAUUAAGUGACGCGAGUACCACGCGUUCGCCAAUUGAAGCAGACUUGUACGAGGUGCAAGAUGCUGACAGCGAACUACUCGACAAUAACGACGCAUGCAAGCACGCGACGAUCGGGUCGUUCCAGUCUCUAGUCGGCUCGCUACUAUGGAGCACACGAUGCACGCGACCGGACGUGUCGUUUGCAGUACACAAAGCAACACUACAGACGCACCGACCGCGUGUGCGUGACUGGAUAAUCGCCAAGCGGAUCGCACGAUACUUGAAGGGGACGAUCGCAAUGAAGAUCGAAAUGGUGCCAGAGCGCGACACGGGCAACGCACCGACGCUCUAG